GAUAGAGAGAAACUCCAAAAAUAUAAAUUGCUGACAUCCUCCCGUUUUCGUGUUUAGAUAUUAAACAAAAAAAAAAAAAACUCAAUUUUUUUUCUUUUGUGUAGCCGAGAAAAUUUCCAAUGUUCCCGGUCACAAGUCGCCGCCACUUCACAUCCUCCCUAUAUAUGCUCCGUUCAUCUUCUCCACACAACCACGUCCUCUACUCUCCCUCCUCUUUCCUCCCUUCCUUCAUCUCCUCCAAAUCCAAAUCCAAAUCCAAAUCCUCCUCUUCAACCAACAAACACAACCAACAAUCUCCUCCUCCAAUGGCCGCGUGCAUCGACACGUGCCGAACCGGUAAACCACAGAUCUCACGCGACUCGAACCGGUCCCACGACGACGAAUCCGGUUUCCGUUACUCCAAUUACUACCGCCCCUCCGGUUAUCAUCCAACAACCCAGACGAAAACCAUCCACACCCGUCCUCUCGUCGAAGACCUCCCAAACGACGACGUAUGGGCCAAGAUCCGACAAGAGGCCAGAUCCGACAUCGAGAGAGAGCCAAUCGUCUCCGGCUACUACCAGGCCUCGAUCGUCUCGCAACGAUCUCUCGAAGCCGCCUUAGCCAACACGCUCUCCGUCAAGCUCAGCAACCUGAACCUCCCGAGCAACACGCUCUUCGAUCUCUUCAACGGCGUCCUCGAACAGCACCCUGAGAUCGUCGAGUCCGUUAAGCAAGACCUCUUAGCUGUUAAAGAGAGAGAUCCCGCGUGCAUCAGCUACGUCCACUGCUUCCUCCACUUCAAAGGCUUUUUAGCCUGCCAGGCCCAUCGAAUAGCCCACGAGCUUUGGACCCAAAACCGAAAGGUUCUUGCUUUGUUGAUUCAGAACAGAGUCUCCGAAGCCUUCGCCGUCGAUUUCCACCCCGGGGCCAAGAUCGGGACGGGGAUUCUGCUCGACCACGCGACGGCGAUUGUGAUCGGGGAGACGGCGGUGGUGGGGAACAAUGUUUCGAUUCUUCACAACGUGACGCUCGGAGGGACGGGGAAGCAGUGUGGGGAUAGGCAUCCGAAGAUCGGCGAUGGGGUGUUGAUCGGAGCUGGGACGUGUAUCUUGGGGAACAUCACGAUUGGUGAAGGGGCGAAGAUCGGUGCUGGCUCGGUGGUUUUGAAGGACGUGCCGCCGAGGACGACGGCUGUGGGGAAUCCGGCGAGGUUGCUUGGUGGGAAAGAUAAUCCGAAGAAGCAUGACAAGGAUCCUGGUCUGACUAUGGACCAAACAUCGCAUAUAUCCGAGUGGUCGGAUUAUGUUAUUUAAAGUCUUUUGUCUUUUGUUGUUUUAUUGCUUCUCCUGUUAUUGAAGCUGGUUUCCAUAAUCAGAUCAUUCGUCUUUGUUAGAUAUUUGUCUGAUUUAAGAUGGGUUUUGAAACUAAACUCGGAAACUCUUAAACGAUGUGUAGUUUGAGUUUCCUGUGGUUCGUUUCUGAUUAGCAGAGACUAUGUUUAGUAUGUAUGUUUGUUGGGAAUAAACUGAAAGUUUAUCAUUUAAUUA